AGUCUCUUCCUUCCUUUCCGUCUUUCUGUCUCUCUCUUCGUCCCUCUCUUUUAGCCCUCUUUUCGGAGAUCACGCGGGAGAUCAAUUCGACCACCAUCAGGGAGCGAUCGGAUCGAACGGAGAGAGGCACGCAAUUGCGAUUUCUUUGAAAAAUAUCAAGUGACUUUAUUAGAUUCCCUGCAGCUCAAUAGCUUCUAUGAUGAACUGGAAGUUUCCAAUGUUUGGGGGUGCCCAACAGCCGCAGGCUCAGUCAAAUUUUCAUGAUAUUCCUACGCAAUCUUGGUACCCUCCAUCAGUGGUUAAUUCAUCUUCACGCCCUUCCACACCAAGCAGUUCUUCCGGUGUCAGUACACAUCAAAGAGCUUCAGAUCAUCCUCAGUCGUCAUCACAGGGGCAGCCUUCACCUGCUGAGGCAGGAGGAAUAAUUUCUCGCUUGAAGGAUAAAAGUGUUGAUGAGUUGAGAAAGCUUCUAACCGACAAGGAGGCAUACAAUGCUUUCUUCAAUUCGCUCGACCAAGUGAAAAUUCAGAAUAAUCUUCGUGAUGAACUUCGGAAGGAAACGUUACAACUCGCAAGGGAGAAUUUGGAGAAGGAACCUAGAAUUUUAGAGCUUAGGAACCAGUGUACUAUCAUUCGAACAACUGAGUUAGCUGCUGCGCAGGAGAAGUUAGCAGAAUUGGAGAGGCAGAAGGAAGAAACUCUGAAGUUGUAUUCUCCAGCUUCACUUCUUCGGAAGCUUCAUGAGGCAAUGAGUAAAGUGGAAGAGGAAUCCGAUGUACUGCAUAGGCAGCUUCUGGACAAGGAGAUUGACCUUCAGACAUUUAUACAGAAGUAUAAGAAACUUCGCAAUAUUUACCACAGACGGGCACUUCUCCAUCUUGCUGCCAAGACUUCGGGUGUUCAUUAGUAUUUUGUGCAGUGUACUUUUGUGUGAUAGGACAUGAUAGAGUGAUACUUCUGUAAUAUUCUCCGUGUAAUACCUUCUGCUUUUUAUGCAAGUCCAUGUUUCAUUGAUGUUGGCACGGAGAAAGACGCAUCAUCUCGGAGUGCAAGAGACCAUGCAAGAUUGCAUCGAUAGGAUGGCUUGCCUUACCUAUUCUAAGCCUUUCCUGCUGCACGUGAAUGGUAACCAUGUACUCCAAUCUUUGAUAACAUUCUUAUGCCAUCGUUUCUUU